CACUGCUUUGUGGAGGCCAAGGAUCUGACAUUACAAACUAAAACUAAAAAAGUACUAAAACAAACGAACAAAUCCCAAUAUUCUAUUAAUUCUUUUCCUUUCCUCAAAUCGAUCUCAUCGCCAUUUCACGUACAGAAAGAGACUUCCAUAGGAUUAAUCAAUGGCUAGUCGAGUAGUGACGGUGGCACAAGACGGGAGUGGAGACUUUACGACGGUGCAGGAAGCAGUAGAUGCGGUGCCACUCUGCAACACGUGUAGAACUGUGAUUCGUGUGCCACCUGGGGUUUACAGGCAGCCCGUGUACGUGCCGAAGACCAAGAAUCUCAUAACUCUUGCGGGUUUAAGACCUGAAGACACUAUCUUGACUUGGAACAACACUUCUGCCAAAAUUGAUCAUCACCAGGCUUCGAGGGUCAUUGGAACUGGGACCUUUGGGUGUGGGACUGUGAUAGUGGAAGGAGAGGAUUUUAUUGCUGAGAAUAUCACUUUUGAAAACUCAUCUCCUGAGGGUUCAGGCCAAGCUGUGGCAAUUAGGGUGACUGCUGAUCGGUGCGCAUUCUAUAAUUGCCGGUUCCUUGGGUGGCAGGAUACUCUCUAUUUGCAUUAUGGGAAGCAGUAUUUGAAAGAUUGCUACAUUGAAGGAAGUGUGGACUUUAUCUUUGGGAACAGCACUGCUCUCUUGGAACAUUGUCAUAUUCACUGCAAGUCAGCAGGUUUUAUAACUGCUCAAAGCAGAAAAUCUUCUCAGGAGUCAACUGGUUAUGUCUUUUUGAGAUGCGUGAUUACUGGUAAUGGAGGGACUUCAUAUAUGUACCUUGGACGUCCAUGGGGACCCUUUGGAAGAGUGGUCUUUGCAUACACAUACAUGGAUCAUUGUAUCAGACAUGUAGGAUGGAACAACUGGGGUAAAGCAGAAAAUGAGAGAAGUGCUUGCUUUUAUGAGUACAGGUGCUUUGGGCCAGGAAGUUGCCCAUCAAAACGAGUGACAUGGUCAAGAGAACUGAUAGAUGAAGAGGCAGAUCAAUUUCUGAUGCAUUGUUUCAUUGACCCGGAUCCAGAAAGGCCUUGGCUAUGCCAAAGAAUGGCCUUGAGCAUUCCAUACUCCGCAUAGGAACUAUAAGCUUCAACAAUAAGCAUGAACAAACAGUGUAGAAUGAAGCAAGCUCCCAGCAAAUAAUGAAGAAUGGAGGUUAUCAAUACUUAUAUGCACGACUAGUUUAUGUGUAAAAAGUAUGCAGGCUUUGUCACCCAUAGCACAAUGCUUUUCUUCGGAAGAGUGGUUCUAAAACAAUAAUACAAUUUUUGCCUAGAUUUCAAAUAUUUGCUUUCUGUUGUUUAAUAAGCUUGGCUUGUAUGAUUUGAUAAUUAUGCCAUGUUCCAUGUUGAUGUAUCGAGUAUUUUGUUAUUAGAGCAAAUCAUGAGUCGUUUUGGAA